AUGGCCAAUAACAAUGUAAGUUUUCCCAUUCCAAUUUUUGGGGGAGAAAGUUAUGAUUUUUGGAAGAUCAAAAUGAAGACAAUGUUACGAUCAUAUGGACUAUGGAGUUAUGCCGACAAAGGCUAUAACGAACCUGAAGAUGAAAGCAGUCUAAGUGAUGCUCAAAGGAAGAGACUUGAGGAGGAAAGGAUGAAGGAUGCAAAGGCAUUAUAUCUCAUACAAAAUGCAGUGAAAUAUACCAUUUUUCCAAGAAUUAUGAGGGCUAAUACAGCAAAGGAGGCAUGGGAGAUUCUACAACAAGAGUUCCAGGGAGAUAGCAAGGUGAGAAGUAUCAAACUUCAAUCUUUAAGAAGAGAUUUUGAAAAUUUAAAGAUGAAAGAUAAUGAGUUGGUUAAAAAUUAUUUUUCAAGAGUUAUUGAGAUUGUUAAUCAAAUGAAAUCAUAUGGAGAAGAAAUUUCGAAUGAAAAAAUUGUGAAGAAAAUUCUAGUAUCAUUAAAUGACAAAUUUGAUAAUAUAGUUACAAUAAUUGAAGAAACAAAAGAUUUAUCCAACAUAACUAUUGAACAACUUAUGGGAUCUCUGGAGUCCCAUGAACAAAGAAAAAUCGUCAAAGUAAUGAUGAAGACAUGA